AAAUCUAUAGAUUUAUACAAUUGUAUUAUAUUUUAAUUUCCAUGACUAACAGGGCUAUGGUGAGACUACUUGAGGGGCGGGUCUUUUCUCAAGUCUUUAAACAAAGAUUGCAUGUUAAACAAGCAAGGAUAUUUUUCUUUAAAUAAAGAGUAUAAACACGAGUGGCAGCUUUAGUUUCACGUUAACGGCUUAAAGCAUGUGACGGACGUUAUAUCAGCUGGCUUUGCCCUCUAAAUUUUGUUCAAUGACUAAGAGUUUAUAAUCAAUAAUAUAGAAAGUGGCGUGAGUGUGUAAGCAUGUGUAUAUGUAUACUGAGUUGCUUUUGCAGAUGUACAGUUCGAGACUGUAGCACAUCUGUCAUGCACAAUUUAUCGGUUCGUUGAUGGUAAAGGAGCAUCUCAGGACCACAAUUGAUCAGAUACGAUUGAUGGUGGAUCAUUCUGAGCACAAUACAGACCCUGGUGUGGUAGCAUUUUAAAGUCAUACUGGUAUGACUGUAUCAGAUCAGCUCCGUUGUCGGGGGUUUUGAAUGCUGUGUACACUGGCCUUGUCAGUCCAGCUUACAGAGAGACUGAAGCUAAUCUUCUGUGUAUUAACAGUUUUAUACCCAUCAUCAUGACCACACUUUCACUGUUGGUUGGUUGUCUGUUCUCAAUCCAGCAGGAAUAUUGAAUGACGUUGCUGCACCUGAUACACUCUUAUCAUAACUCGCAUAUACGAACACAGAUCUGAUCAGUUGUGGUCCUGUGGUGGUGUGUUUCCUCUGCUGGACGAGGUAGAGGGAGGCUGUAUGCAUGUGCGUAGUAACAGAUUGGGUACAGUCUGACCUAUAUGAUAGAUAAAAUAGCAGCCUAUUGGGUGUGAGUGUGUGAUUUUUGUUAUUAUGGAGCUGGAGAUGUUAAUCUUUAUUUGCUUUAUUAGUGACUGAUUGUUUUCCCUUAAAGACUAUAACUAAUUCAUUUUUUAUUCAAAAUUAGUGUAAUGUGACCACAGAUGAUGAUGAUGAUGAUGAUGAUGCGUGUUUAUUUUAUUUUUACUUUCUUCAGCUUUGAUCUGAAUAAAGCCAAAAAAAAAAAGUUUGGGGCUCAUUUGUGCUGAGUCAUUUGCAAUCUGUUUUAAAUUAGAGGCUGAAUCCCAAACUGCUCACUAGUGUGUGUACAUGCUGCGUUACACAAGAGUGCAGAAGCCAUUCUUUCAUACCCUAUGGAGUGCACAAGUGUAGGACGUCGGGAGUCGUUUGGUUUCAGCCAAUCAAUGAGCGCAGCUGGAGUAGGGAGGAUGCACGAGGGAGUCUGUGAUUGGCUCGGCACCUUCAUUGCGCUCUGGGUUGCCAGUUUAGUAAAUUUUAUACAUGUCAAUUAUUGUUAUGCACACUAAGAUGGGAAAAUAUGUGGUCUGGUGUGUAUAGAUAUUUGUUUAUUCUAGGUUUAUUUCAUGCUUGAAGCUGAAUUGUGUACGGGUUUUCAACUGGGGUUGGUCUGAAAAAUUGUUAAAAUCCGACCUGGCAACUUUGUUUGAGGAGGAUGGACCUCAUAUGGCUGCUGGCAACAUCUGGAAAGCUUUAUUCACACUGCUGCUUACUUUGAAAAGUGCUCGCGAGCUGAACUGCAAAUCUGAAAUGUCUUUUAUAAAAGUAGAUGAAAACUCUGACUUCUCUUUCCACAACCUUCCCUAUGGAGUUUUCUCCACUCCGGCCAAUGCUCGGCGGAGGAUCGGAGUGGCCAUCGGGGAUCAGAUCGUGGACCUGAGUGCCAUUAAACACCUCUUGACCGGGCCGGAAGUCUCCCAGCACCGGCACGUGUUUGAUCAGCCUACUCUGAACGCGUUCAUGGCUCUGGGUUCGAGCGCGUGGAGAGAGACUCGCGCGCUCCUACAGACACUGCUGCGCGCGGACGAGCCGACACUGAGGGACAAUCACGAGCUCAGGGGCAGAGCUUUUGUUGAUCAGAGCGCUGCAGUGAUGCAUCUCCCAGCUGAGAUCGGCGAUUACACUGACUUCUACUCAUCCAGAGACCAUGCCACUAAUGUUGGGAUCAUGUUCCGGGGCAAAGACAACGCACUGAUGCCAAACUGGCUGAGGCUUCCGGUUGGCUAUCACGGCCGCGCUUCAUCUGUGGUCAUCUCAGGAACUCCAAUCAGAAGACCUCAAGGCCAGAUGAGGCCAGACCCAGUCAAGCCUCCUGUGUUUGGGCCAUCAAAGCAGCUGGACAUUGAGCUGGAAAUGGCUUUCUUUGUGGGUCCUGGGAACAGGCUUGGAGAACCGAUUCCCAUAGAGAAAGCACAUGAACAUAUCUUCGGUAUGGUGCUGAUGAACGACUGGAGCGCAAGGGAUAUCCAGGCAUGGGAGUAUGUGCCGUUAGGUCCGUUUCUUGGGAAAAAUUUUGGGACCACCAUCUCACCCUGGGUCGUUCCCAUGGAGGCUCUGAUGCCUUUUGUGGAGCCUAACACAGUGCAGGACCCAGAGCCACUACCAUACCUUCGCCACCAGGACCCAUACACAUUCAACAUCAACCUCUUUGCGUCCAUUAAAGGUGAAGGCAUGAAAGAGGCAACCACCAUCUGCAAGUCUAACUUUAAGUACAUGUACUGGACCAUGAAACAGCAGUUAGCACAUCACACAGUGAAUGGCUGUAACAGCAGACCAGGAGACCUGCUAGCAUCAGGGACCAUCAGUGGACCGGAUCCGGAAAGUUUUGGCUCACUGUUGGAGCUUUCAUGGAGAGGGUCAAAGAUCAUUGAGCUGGCUGGAGGAGAGACUAGGACGUUCCUUAAGGAUGGAGACGAAGUCACCCUCACAGGUUACUGUGAGGGUCAGGGAUACCGUGUUGGUUUCGGAUCAUGCCAGGGGAAGAUCAUUCCUGCCUUACAGAAGUGAUGUUCCCCAUUCUUCACCCUCCAUCUAUCCAUCCCUCCCAAAACCAGCUGGAUUCUUCACGCACCAAAUAAUGCCUUAUCAGUCAUGUUUAAUCAUUCAUGACCUUUUCAGUGACAGCUAAUGGAGUACACGGCGAACUGUUUUUAUUAGCUCAUUGGAGUUUCACUUAGCCAGUGCUUUUCUCUGGGCAGAAAUGAUUAUGAUUGAUUAUUUGUGACAGCCAGGGAAAUUGAAUGGAGAUUGGGUUAAGACUUUUAAGAUAUUGAGGUUUUGUUUAAUAAUACGUGUCCUGAAUCAUCCCACUGGCUUUUUUUUUUAUAAUCCAAAAAUGUAAGCAUUAUAGGAUAUGAAUGUUUGAUGUAUAGCUUUUUAAAAUGAUGCAUGUUAAUUAUACAGGGUGUCCCAAAUAUCUCCAUACAUAGAGGACUAUAUUUGCCAGCACCACGUUUGUUGUGCCUUGGUGGAGGUCCACUUCUCGGUUGGUCCACAACACUUCCAGUCUUUUUGAAUUUGUUAAUAAGGUUGGAAACAGUGUCGUGCUUGCCAUGUUUCCCGUUAAAGUCCAUCCAGCUUCCAGAUUCAGUCAUGAGAAUAAUUUCAAUAUGUUCUUUUGUCAAAGGCAUUAUUAAAGACUAUAUGUAUUUAUAUAUGAGAAAGGGAGCGUGAAAGGGAGAUGGAUAG